CAAAUCCCCCCCUCUCCUCCUUUAUCCUCCCACUUCUCACACUCAAAGAUUUCUUUUCUUUUAAUUCAUUACCCAAUGAAGCAGCUCAUCCGCCGUCUCUCCCGCGUCGCCGAUGCUUCCUCCCAGUAUAGCCUUCUCCGUUCCGACACCGCCUCCACGCGCCAUCGCAUCACGCGUCGGGCUGAAUCUUUCCGUAUCGCGGUCGCUUCCUUGAAAAAGCCGGCGCGCCGUUCUGUCCCCGAAGGUCACGUGCCGGUCUACGUGGGGGAAGAGAUGGAGCGGUUCCUGGUGAACGCAGAGUUGCUGAACCACCCGGUUUUUGUUAGCUUGCUUAAUAAAUCGGCUCAGGAGUACGGGUAUGACCAAAAAGGGGUACUUCAUAUUCCGUGUCACGUUCUGGUUUUUGAACGGGUUAUGGAAGCGUUGAGACUGGGGGCUGACCUACGUGGCCUCCAGGACCUCCUUCGUUCUUUCUCCGACGACUGUUUUCUCGAUUUAUAAGAGUGAAGCAGGAACAAAAAGGAGGUCGUUGUUUUUUGUUGUCUUGUCUUGUCUUUGUGUAAAUAGAAAGGGCAAUUUAGCGUUAUUCUAGUAGUGUUUUCACUUCAUUGUAAAGAGGACUGGACACAAAUGGAGGAUUUCUUUCUUCUUUUCUAUGUUUUUGUUUCAAUUUUAAAUUUAUUUUAAAAUAAGAAAGUUGAUCAGACAA